CCAGCAGUGGAGUGGCUUUCUACGCUUCAAACAAGAAACGCCUGCUUACAGUGCCGCGAAACAGACACUUCUUUCAAUUCUGUACGGAACAGCAGCAGAGUCGUCGAUUGCGCUCCGUUAGGGAAACCGUUCUGUUUUAUCAGCCCAUUGCGUUGGUCUUAGUUGUCAUAAACAUCAGAAGAGAGAUGACUGCCUGAAUUUCACUGGAAUAAACUUUUUUCUAUACACCUUCAUUUGAACUUUUGUGUGUUUUCAGCCACGAAUGCGACCGUUACGUAAAACUAAAACGUCGGCCAGUAAAUAUCUCGUAGCUGCAUAUUCAGCAGAGUCAGACGCUUGCAUUGAACAGGUGGCAUAUGUUCCGCCGUCCGUUAAGUAUAUUGUAUUAGGGUUAGGGUGCAAACAGAAGGGACUUUCCUUCAGAUGUCCCUUGCUGACAAGACUGAUACCGUUUCAGCACACAGAAGGCGAGCUGCGAGGUUGCAGCUUUCUCAAUUCCACGCACUGUCCGCAUAACAAACUGUACGGAGUCCGAAGGCAUUGCGAUGCCCGCAGCUGACAGAGAAAUGGUCAUCGACGGUCCUCGACUUUUUGGGUUUAAACCCCCAGUUUCCAUCGGCACAGAAAACAUCGCCCCGGCGCCUCUGAAUGGCUCCACGUCGGGGGACAUUCUCCGCAAUUUUUACCACACCAAAAGGGUCGGAAAUUACCUUAUUGGAAGGAAACUCGGAGAGGGCUCUUUUGCCAAAGUUCGCGAGGGACUUCAUGCUAUGACAGGGGAAAAGGUGGCCGUGAAGGUGAUUGACAAGAGGAAGGCCAAGAAGGACUCGUAUGUGACGAAGAACCUGCGUCGCGAGGGCCAGAUCCAGCAGAUGAUCCGCCACCCCAACAUCACCCAGCUGCUGGACAUCCUGGAGACGGAGAACAGCUACUACCUGGUGAUGGAGCUGUGCCCUGGAGGGAACCUCAUGAACCGAAUCUACGAGAAGAAGCGCCUGGAAGAGAAGGAGGCGCAGAAGUAUGUGAGACAGCUGGUCAUGGCUGUGGAGCACCUGCACCGAGCUGGGGUGGUACACAGAGAUCUGAAGAUUGAAAACCUUCUCCUGGAUGAAAAUGACAACAUAAAGUUGAUAGAUUUCGGCCUGAGCAACUGCGCCGGGAUCCUGGGCUACUCUGACCCGUUCAGCACACAGUGCGGCAGUCCGGCCUACGCUGCCCCAGAGCUCCUGUCCAGGAAGAAGUAUGGACCCAAAGUGGACGUAUGGUCCAUAGGGGUCAACAUGUACGCCAUGCUGACCGGCACCCUGCCCUUCACUGUGGAGCCCUUCAGUCUCAGAGCACUGCACCAGAAGAUGGUGGAAAAGGAGAUGAACCCCCUACCCCCUCAGCUUUCUACAGAUGCUGUGAGCCUGGUGAAGAAUCUUCUGGAACCUGACCCCUCUAAGAGGCUCAACAUCCACCAAAUCAUGUCUGACCCAUGGCUGCAUCUCAGGAGCCCACAGUCUGGAACUCCGUACCUGAAUAGGAUCCACAUUGAGGAAAUCAACCACACGGUUCUCAUGCACAUGACAGAGAAGAUGGGCUACAAGCACAGCGAGGUCCUGAGUGCUGUACUUACCAACAGGGCCAGCCACACCCUAGCUGUGUACUUCCUGCUCAACAACAAGAUGAGGAGGCUGUCCAAGGAGUACCGGGAAAAGGAAGUCAUGGAGAAGGAGAAGAAGAAUGAGCUGUUCCAGACACACUGGAGAAAACGCAUUGAGAAGAUCACCAUUCCUCCGAAACAGACACCCAUCUACCUGGCACUGAGCAAAGGCCCGACCAAAGAAAAGAAACAGAAAACAGGUCUGCUUCGCUCUGUUACUGGUGGGAAGGACUCUGGUUUGGGUCCUGGAGGGAGUGUGGCCUCUUCCUCUUUGGAGUACCUGGAGAUCCACCCCCUGUUUCCCCGUACGCCGCAGCCAAUCAGGCGCCUGGAGACUCAGCAGCCAGCGAGCGACAGUCCCGGCCAGGGAGGGCUCGACAUCCCCACCCCUGCACCUGCCCCUGCCCUUGCCCCAGCCACCGUUGGUGUGGGGGCACAUUCCUGGGACUCUUCCACCGGAGAGCCAAGUGACACGCAGCCAGUGUCACCCUGGUACAAGCUCCACAAUGGUGCCCUCUCGCCCCCGCGCCAUGUCUCCGCCUUCCAGCCGGACAGCUCCUACCUGAAAAAGGCCACCAUCCCCAACCCACCCGCGCUCCCAGCCCCCCAGCCCAAAAAGAGCCCCAGCAAGACGGACUUGCCUUGCACGUCAGACUCCAGCACCAGUCCGCCCAGUGGCGGAGGUGUCGGUGAACCCGAGAGCCCCCAGCACCGGGGCAAGUUCCCCUCCAUGGGCAUGGGGCAGAUCAUGAAGAAACGUGGCCCUGCGUUUAACCUCAAAGCGGGGCCAGCCCUGGAAAUGGAGACCUCGGUGGACCUGCCCCCUUACCACAUGCAGACCCUGCUCUGUGCGUCAGGAGCCCUCAAGACCCUCUGCUGAUGCAUUGUGGGACAAACUCUUACGAGGUGCUCGACCUUGGAACUUUCCUCUGAUGAGACAAGCAGGGGGCUUAUGUGGCCUGUACACUCUUUUGCUUAGUGAGAUUUUUCAGUUAAUUUAAAACUUGGGUCCACAACAUGACACAAGAAGAUAAAAAAAACCCUUUGGGAGUUACCACACUUAGUCCUGGACAUGUACAUAUUUGCUUUUCAUGCAAUGACUAUGUAAAGUCCAUGUACUCCCUGCUCUCCAGAGCUUGUAUUAUGUAUUUAGGGGUAUUACAUCUUACAUAACAUCAUCAUCCCUCUGAAAUAGACACUGGACUGAACCAGUGACUGGAAACACAGUUAGUGGACUUUCUGUGAGGCCGGUUUGCCAUCUGGCACCAUAAAUCCACAAUUCUUUGAGAACGUGACAUUUUUUUGCAGUUCUUUCCCAUGAGCCUCAGUUCUUAACUUGAAUGAAGAAAAAAAAUCUGCAAU